GACAGCUUCUAGCGUGGACACCCGUAAAAGGUGGGGCCAGGCACCAUUCUUCUACAUUCCUGUGCAUCUUGUGGAUCCUUCCAGGCCAAAUGAGCACACAGUUUUGCGAGUGAGAUCAGGUCUUCCAGGGCUGCCUCACCCCAGAAACCGUCUUCGACCCUGUGCUGAAGUACGCCAGCUGCGGAUGACUAGGCGUCUACCUCGUCCCAGGGUUCUGAGAGAAGGGAUCGAGUUACGGCCAUGACCGCCUUGCACCUUGUUAGCAAUGCCCAGAUGAUUCUUGCGAAUGCGCUGACAGCCGUGGAAUCUGUUUGGAUAGACUUAACUCGUGAUUCCAAGGGUGAGAGGUUGGAAGACCUGAGUCACGAUCGGGGUGCUGGCCUACCGUCCAACGUAGGAAACAUUGCCUUUUGCUGCCUAGGAAACGUUGUACAUUUACCGUCUCCUCUUUUGCAGCGAACGGAGUGCACCUGUUAAUGCCUGCUCGCCCGUAUGGGCAUGCUCAGCAGCAGCAGCAGGGAAAUGCUCUGCAGUGCUUUGGUCCAGCAUACGUUGACUUAGACUGCUGCAUUUCCCAUGUUUCUGAGGUGCACUGCAGGGAUGAGCAGCAACAGCAGCAGCAAAUAGAGACCAGCAGCUGUCAACUGCUCAGGUUGGCUGAUGGAGGGGAUGCUGGGAGCCACGUGUUGGGACGCGGAUUGGGGACGCGGUCCUGAUGGAAUAUAACAUGCACAGUGCUAACAUGCACUGCUGACGUGCACUGCUAACUGCGAUCAAUGGGAUGUAGUUUUCAAUUUAUCCAGUUGAUGGAUGUGUUGAUGACUUCGUUGAACACGGCCAUCAACCCAGACCACGAUUCUCUAUCUGGAGAAAAAAAACAAUCAUCGACGGCCGUAUUGAUUGAUAGCCGUGUUCACGAGGACGACAUAGCCCUUGAUCCUUGCAACCAUUGUGGGUUUUUCCCAUUCACUGCCAGUGUGGACUUUGGCAUAUCUGUUGAUCUGCCAUUUCCGUGGCCGUUUUCUAUCUACUGAUGGGAUGCAGAACGCGGGGGAAUGACUCAAUCGCGCGUGGUGUGGUUGCCUAUGUGGGGAGCCUCGCUAACAUAGUUGGAUUGAUUUCUAACAAACUGGUUGGCCGUACUGCUCCAUAACGGAACCGCUGGACUGGAUUGGUGCUUUGCCUUGCUCUGGUGGUCAUGGACGGCAUCGUUGAUCGCCGUCUUAGCUUUUUGAUGGAUUGUGAGGAAAUCUGGCUUUUCCGCACAACCAGAACGUUGGGAUAACAUGUGGAAUGCUUGUGCGUUGUCGGAUCAGUUGUGCUGUGACCGCUGGUCUCGCGAGUAAGACCACAUGCUGUGGCUGCUGAUGUGGCUUGUAGGGCCGCGCGGCAUCAGUUUUUGUGUUGAAUAUUAGGCUGUAUUAUUUGAUUUUAUCGUAUUUACGGAAUUGAGAAUGGAACUGCUUUGCUGGGUUGUCUUUGACACUUGGCAUUGUGCGUUGCCAGCAGUUUCAUGCUAGAUGCGUGCUGAAGAGGCAGUCUGCAAAGACCGCAGUCGAUCGAGUCUUGCCUGCCUUUUCUAGAGGUCCCACCCUUAUUCGUGUCAGGCUUCGUGUUGCUAUCCGUAUGCCCCGUUCUUCGACCAGGACAGUUGACAAGACGUGAUACCACGACGUCGCAUCUUUGAGCGGGAGGUUGCUCUUCGGAAGCAACUCUUCCUGUCCUUUUUUGUUUCCUGAUUCUCUUUUUCCUGGGAUUUCAGAGUACUGGGUGGUUCUUCCUCUGCCUUCGAUCUUGGGCAAGGGGGAUCUUUGAUAGGACCUGGAGCAUGACUUUUGUGAUGGUUCGGUUUAUGCCAGGCUUCUUGCUGCUUUAAUCACGACCUGUUUUGCUAUAGGGAUGAGGCGAAGAUGCCCUGGUAGCACGCCAUGCUCAUCUUUUGGGAGCAGGCUCUUCUUCAAAAUGACUUUUCCUUUUCGGGAUUUCCCCCCCUGGAAUUUAGAGUCCAGGGCGGUCCUUGUUUUGAGCCUCUGGCGAUCUCUUGCAAGGAGGAUCGUGAGGAGGACCUGAAGCACGACUUUGCGAUGCUUCCUCGACAUAGGUGCAAUGUGCAUUCAAAAUUUUUAUCGAAUAAUAAAGAUGCUAUUGUACC